AUGUGUGUCCAUACCUCUCUAUGCCUCACACCUGCUAUAGGCUACCCUAGCAGAAACGCAUACAUACAUACACACAUCAUAUACACACACCUAUUUAUUUACUGUACACAUAGACAGACAGACAUAUAGAAAGAUGUCUUCAGAUAUGGACGGGACCAUGCUCCUGGGGGUGGAAGGCAUCAAGAAAACCAUCCUGUAUGGAGGGACAGCUGAGAUGCCCCGGUUCAUUACUGGGACCAAGGUGACCUUCCAUUUCCGUACCCAGCUGUGUGAUGAUGAUCGUACGGUGAUAGACGACAGUAAGGUGGUGGGCGUGCCCAUGGAGGUGGUGAUCGGGAACAUGUUCAAGCUGGAGAUCUGGGAGACUCUGCUCACCUCCAUGAGGAUCGGAGAGGUGGCCGAGUUCUGGUGCGAUGUCACCCACACUGGCCUCUACCCCCUGGUGGCCAAGAGCCUGCGGCGCAUCGCGGAGGGCAAGGACCCUGUGGACUGGCACAUCCAUUCGUGUGGCAUGGCCAACAUGUUUGCCUACCACACCCUGGGCUAUGAUGACCUGGACCAGCUACAGAAGGAGCCUCAGCCUCUCUACUUUGUACUGGAACUGGUCAAGGUGCAGCAGCCCAGUGAGUAUGACAGGGAGUCAUGGGCACUGAAUGAUGAGGAGAGGCUGAAGGCUGUGCCCUUGCUCCAUGGCCAGGGGAACAAGCUCUACAAACUGGGGCGCUACCAGGACGCCGCCAACAAAUACAAAGAGGCCAUAGUCUGCGUCAAGAACAUACAGCACAAGGAGAAAGCAUGGGAAGCUCCCUGGCUGAAGCUAGAGAAGAUGGGGAACAUGCUGACUCUCAACUACUGCCAGUGUCUGCUCCGUAUGGAGGAGUAUUAUGAGGUCAUAGAGCACACCAGUGACAUCAUAAAUCAGCACCCAGGUGAAAUGAAGGCGUUCUACGUACGAGGGAAGGCCCACAUCGAGGUUUGGAACGAAGCUGAGGCGCGGGCUGACUUUGAGAGGGUUCUAGAUCUGGACCCUGGCAUGAAGAAGGCUGUUAAGAAAGACCUGGGUGUACUCAACAUGAGGAUGGAGGAGAAGAAUGAGGAGGAUAAAGUCAAGUAUAAGGGCAUGUUCUGACAUGGCCCAGGAGAUAUGCAGAUAUGGAGGGGGAGGGUCAAUGUCAAAGUGGACAGCACAGAUGGUGCGAGGGGAGAGAUGGGCAAAGAAGGGGUGAGAGAGAGAGAGAGAGAGAGAGAGAGACAU